AUGGUUUGUGUGCCGUGCUUCAUCGUGCCCGUUCUGCUCUACCUUUGGCAUAAGUUCGUCCAACCUAUUCUGCUGAAAUAUUGGAAUCCGUGGGAAAAGAAAGACGAACAUGGAAACGUUAUUAAGACCGAACCGAAAAAUCCGUUCGAUUGUAGCGGUGGAGUGUGUCGGUUUGCGGGCAAAAAAUCAACCGUCGUGGAAAACUCCGAUGCAGCUGUUAAAACUACCAACGAAACACCCGUCGAUCCAGACGAAACGAGCAAGAAAACUCUUUGA